AUGCCGAGAGAAAUCGAGCCGCCAACAGUACAGAGGGAGUUUCUGGUGCAGGCGCUGGAGCAGGGCAAGCGUCUCGACGGCCGGUUGCCGCUCGAGCAGCGCCCGUUCGAGCUCAGCUUUGGCGCCGAGCUCGGCUCCGUCGAGUGCCGCAUGGGGAAGACUGCUGCGUCCGAGGACGAGGUCAUGAUCACGCGAUUGCUUGAGAAGAGCAUUCGACGAACGGAGGCUGUGGACCGUGAGGCGCUCUGUAUCGUUGCUGGCGAGAAGGUGAGCUCUCGAGGUGAAGCGGGCAACCUGCUCGACUGCGCCUCCAUUGCGGCCAUGACGGCGCUGAAGCACUUCCGCAAGCCUGAAGUCGAGGUGCACGGCGACGAAGUCAUUGUGGUGCGUAACCUCAACUUCCUUCUCGCUUCCAUCCCUCCCAGAGCUUCGCAUUUCGGAUUCUCAGCUGACAUGCAGCACUCGCCCGACGAGCGUGCCCCCCUCCCGCUCGCGAUCCACCACAACCCCCUCUGCCUCACGUUCGCGUACUUCGAGGACCUCCAGCCGAUCCUAGACCCGACGCACCUCGAGGAGACGCUUGCAAGCGGCACGAUGACGGUGACGCUGAAUGCGCAGCGCGAGCUCUGCGUGCUCUCCAAGGCGGGCGGCAGUGCGCUUAGUGUUGACGACGUCAUGGCCGUUGUCCGCGUCGGCGUCGAGCGCGUGCGCGAGAGCGUGAAGCAGAUCGAAGACGCGCUGGUCAAGGACGCCGCGCAGCGUGUGGUCGAAGUGCGAUAG